AUGAACGACGUUGCCACAACCCCAUCUACCCCCUCGAGCUCUUCGCAUAGAGUAUCCAAACAGCGACAGCGCUCCUCUCACUCUCAGUACGCACGUUCCGCUACCAUCGGCGUCGUCCUCGACACCGACCAGCCCGGCCAGAAUCAGUACAAAUGCAACGCACCGACGUGCUUCAACAAGACCUUCGGGCGGCUGGCAGAACUCAAGCGCCAUCAUAAAUGCAAGCACGCAGUUGCUGGGCGCAGACCGCAGUUCUGGUGCCCCGUGGAGGGAUGUGUGAGGAGCAAGACUGGGCAGGGAGGCGCGUUCCCAAGGAAGGACAAGAUGGUGGAUCAUCUUUCGAAGGUGCAUGCGAGUGUUGUGCAGGGAUGA